AUGGCUGUCGCUGUUGCUGAUACAACGGAGAUAAGGUUUUACAGUUGCCGCAGGUGCCGAACUCAGGUUGCACUUGAUGAUCAUAUCAUAUGCAGAGAAAUUCAGGCAAGACGGUCGACACGGAUGUGCUUUCCUAUUCUCGAAUGUAUUCAACAUUCGGGUGGGGAAGAGCGAACACCGGCAGCUGGUGAUGGGGAGUAUAUCGUGGCUGAUGUCUACUGCCACGAUUGCAACACCGUGUUGGGAUGGAAGUACUUGAUGGCCACUGAAGACCAAGAGUCGCAAAAGUAUAAGGAAGGGAAGUUCGUUAUUGAGAGAAGAAAUAUCAUCGAGGUCAAGGAGGAUUGA